AUGGAGGUGGACUACGGCUCCUCCCAUUCCCUGCUGUCCUGGUCCACUUUCCCCCGCCUGUGUCCCCGUGUCAGCCAUGACCAGCUGCAGCCGGUGGACACGUCCCUCAGAGACUACCAGGGGACUCUUAUUCCCACCCUGGAUUCCUUCCCCAUCUGGGUAGACUAUGGGGACUUCCACGGCCGCCUGCCUGUCCUGAUAGUACAAAAGCCCCUGCCAGCCCUGUUGGGGUUAGAUUGGUUUCCUCCCCUGGGGUUGUCAAUUGGGGGAAUCCAUCGGGUAGGUGCCUCUUCCCCCUCUUUAGAUGACGUUGACCUUGAGGAAUUCGCAGACGUUUUUGAUGGCCAGCUGGACUCUUACAAGAGCACCCCCAUCUCCCUAAACCUAGAUCCCCAGGUUGCACCUAUUAGGCUGAAGGCUCGCAGGGUGCCUUUUGCCUUGCGGGCCAAGGUUGAUGCUGAACUUGAUAAGCUGCUGGCGCAGGGUAUCCUGGAGCCUGUCGACCAUUCGCACUGGGAGACCCCAAUUGUGGUCCCAGUCAAGCCCAAUGGGUUGGUCAGGAUCUGCGCCGACUACAAGUCGACAAUCAAUCUUGGCCUCCAGGCAAACCCCUAUCCAGUGCCUAUUGUGCAGCACCUGCUCUAUUCUUUGGGGCGAGGCUGCACCUUUGCGAAACUGGAUAUGGCGCAGGCCUACCAGCAGUUCCCAGUGGAUGAUGAUGCGGCGGCAGCCCAAACCAUCGUCACCCAUUGCGGGGCUUUUUGUUGUCACCGCCUCCAAUUUGGUGUUUCCGUGGCCCCGAGGAUCUUCCAGAUCUUCCAGAGCCUCAUGGAGCGCUUGCUCCAUGGGCUCCCUGGUAUGGUUCCAUAUUUCAAUGAUGUUCUGAUCGCUGCUUCCAGCCGCUCAGAACUCAUCGAAAUGCUCAGGAAGGUCCUCCUCCAUUUUAGGGGCGCAGGUUUGAAAUUGAAGCACAGCAAAUGUUCGUUUGCUGUGCCCAGGGUGGAGUUCUUGGGCUUCUUGAUCGACGCCCAAGGGAUCCACCCUACACCUUCUAAGGUUGCCGCCAUCAGGAAUGCCCCCACUCCCUCCUCCAAGGCGGAGCUGCAGGGGCUUCUCAACUUUUAUGCGCCGUUCGUGCCGCAUAAGGCGUCACUUGUCAAGCCACUGCAUCGGUUGCUCGACCAAUCUGCAGCCUGGCACUGGGGCAGCCGUGAAGCGCAUGCGUUCGCAGCUGUCAAAGACAUGCUUAUGUCAGCAGCUGUCUUAGUGCAGUACAAUGACAAGCUGCUGCUGACGUUAGCCUGUGAUGCCUCCCCCUAUGGGCACACUGAUGCCCUUAGCCGUUGCCCCCUGCCUAUCUCCGACCCGGCCCCGGUGCCGUCCUUGUCCGUUCUCUCGAUCGCCUCCUUGGGCCUUUCCCUCACUGCCGCUGACGUGGCCGCCCACACUAAAGCUGACCCAGUUUUGGCUCAGGUCUGCUCCUGGGUCCUCCGCGGGUGGCCUCUGGGGAAGCUGGCUGACAUUUUCCGGCCUUUUAAGGCCCGUGAGGCCAAGCUGUCCCUCCAUAGCGGAUGCCUGAUUUGGGGAGACCGGGUGGUGAACCCUUCCAUUCUGCGCUCCCAGGUUCUGUCUCUGCUCCACAAGAACCACCCAGGCAUAGUGCGCAUGAAGGCGUUGGCGUGCAGAUAUGUCUGGUGGCCCUUGCUGGAUGCUGAGAUAGCAGCCUGGGUCGGCCGCUGCUCUAUGUGUCAGCUCUCCCAUCCCCCCCCAGCGGCACCUACUUGUGAGUGGGAGGCUCCAAGAGGCCCAUGGUCGCGCCUCCACAUCGAUUUUGCCGGCCCCUUCCAUGGCCAGACAUUCCUGAUUGUGGUGGAUGCCUACUCUCGCUGGGUGGAGCUGGUCCUCAUGACCUCCACCUCGGCUGAGAGUACUGAGAGGGCCCUGCACCGGUUGUUCGCAACCCACGGGUUGCCGGACGUGGUAGUCUCAGACAACGGGCCCCAAUUCGCUUCCACCACGUUUCAGGAAUUCUUGGCCUUGCAGGAUAUCUGGCACGGGCCCACCGCCCCGUACCAUCCGGCCUGCAACGGCCGGGCGGAGUGUGCGGUCCACUCGGCCAAGGAGGCACUUGGCCGGAUGGAACGGGGCGAUUGGCCGGUUGGACUGGCCGAUGGAUCCGAGUGGAGGCACCACAUGGAUCAGUUAAGGAAGCGUCUCCCCACUGAGACCGGCGUCCAAUCUGAUCCAUGGGCCCAUGACACAGCUGCCUGCCAGCCGGUCCAAAGAUUCCAGUUUGAGGCCUUUCCCCAGGCAGGCCUCUCCUACUCCAAUGUUGCAGGGUUUCCACCUGCCAGUUCCAUGCCUCAAUCCGAGUUUUUCUGCCCAGAUUCCCACACAUGGGCCUUUUCCCAGGCAAGCCAGGCCCCACCUAUCCGCACGCCUCCUGCUGGCCGACGUCCCCAUCUCAACUUCAAACCGAUCAGGCCCCAUUUCCCAGUUACCACAACGGUACAUCACCAGUUGCCGCCUCCCGGCAUGGUGACGCCACCCAAGUAG